GAAUAACCUAACUUACGACAUCAUGCUGAACCAAACCAGCAAAAUUCUUGCAAUCAUGGCUUUGGUUGCUUUGGGCGCAGCGACAAGUGCCGCUGAAGCAUCACAACUCCAACUUACGCAAAUAAUCAAUUUGCAGAACAUUGUCAGUAACCAAAACUUUAAAGUCGUGACCACUGGGUCUGCUCCUACUACGGUCAUCGGCAAAGACACUGCAGUUAUUCACAAAGCAAAGCAAUAACCGAACUUCAAAAACGGUGCCGCAAACUCGCUGGAAAUGCCUAUCAUGAGGCCAAAGACAAUGCCACUUUAUUUUUUGAAUAUUUCAAGUCAACCAGUGAAGAAGAUGUGAAGGAGGUACAAUCGGUUUACAUGAAGAUUUACACCGAGACUCGAGUGCGAUCCCGCAAAUGUCACUGGCGUUUCUAUCAGCUGCCGAGAAGAUCAAUAUUUGAUAGACGGAAAAAGCUUUUGUGAAGUCGGGG